GGUUCUUUUCAAAGUUAGGGUUCUAGCAGCGGCUCGGCUAGGGCGAAUUGGCGAUCGAAUUGGCGACCGAAUUGGCGCUCGGGAUGUCGAAAUUCUGGGACCAGGGAGUUGAUAGCGACUCGGAGGACGAUGUGAAAUCGAGCGAGGAUGCCGAUGACUUCAAGGAUAUCGUCACGCCCGGCGAGGCGGGGAACAAGUAUCUCAACAAAACGAGCGAUAGCGAGGGGUCGGAGGAUGAGAAGCGCGUCGUCCGCUCGGCCAAGGUCAAGAGGUUCGACGAGAUGUCGGCAACCAUCGACCAGAUCCGCAAUCACAUGAAGAUCAACGACUGGGUGAGCCUCCAGGAGAGCUUCGACAAGAUCAACAAGCAGCUGGAGAAGGUUUUGCGCGUCACUGAGACGGCGGCUCCUCCUCGCAUCUACAUCAAGGCGCUGGUCAUCCUCGAGGAUUUCCUGAGCCAGACACUGGGCAACAAGGAGCUGAAGAAGAAGAUGAACAGCAGCAAUUCCAAGGCUUUCAACUACAUGAAGCAAAAGCUCAAGAAGAACAACAAGAUCUACGAGGCCGAGAUCGAGCAGUUCCGCAAGAACCCAGAGUCCGAGGCCGAGGACGAGGAUGACGAGGGCGACAUGAGCAGCGAGGAGUCGGAGCCGGACUUUAUCGAGGAGGUUCAAGACGUUGCUCCGGUGUCUGAGUCGGAUAACGAGGAUGGGUGGCAGAAGUCGGGCAAGGGGCCGAGCUAUAUCAUCAAGAAGGACCCGAGCGAGAUAACUUGGGACAUGGUGGAUAAGAAGCUCAAGGAGGUGAUUGCUGCUCGAGGGAGGAAGGGAACCGAUCGAGUGGAACAGGUUGAGCAGCUCACUUAUCUCGUUACCAUUGCAAAGACCCCGGCGCAGAAGCUAGAGAUCCUCCUCCACGUUGUCUCGGCUCACUUUGACGUGACGACGAGCUUGAACACGCAUCUUCCGGUGAACGUGUGGAAGAAGUGUGCGCAUAGCAUGAUGGCCAUUCUGGACAUACUAGCGCAGCAUCCCAACAUUGUCAUGAGCGAGAAUGCUGAGCCCGAGUCGGAGAACGAGACGCAAAAGGGAGACGACUAUCCCGGCCAGAUUCGCGUCUGGGGGAACAUCGUUGGGUUCGUGGAGCGGCUGGAUGACGAGCUCUUUAAGAGCUUGCAAGUGAUCGAUCCGCACACCAAGGACUAUGUCGACCGCAUGAAGGACGAGCCAGCCUUCUUGGUGGUGGCACAGAGUGUUCAGGAGUACGUGGAGCGCAUUGGAGAUACGAGAGCCGCCGCUCGGGUGGCACUUCGCAGGCUGGAACACGUCUACUACAAGCCUCAGGAGGUUUACGAGGCCAUGAGAAAGCUCGGGGAGAGCCAGAAGACGGCGGAGGCUGGUGCGGAAGACAGCACGCUGGUUCUGGGAACCCCCGAUCUUCCGGACCUCAGCCGGACUAUGAUGGACGAGCUCAUAACUCUGAUCUACAAGUUUGGAGACGAGCGCACAAAAGCCAGGGCCAUGCUAUGCGACAUCUAUCACUACGCCAUCUUCGACGACUUCUACACUGCGAGGGACCUCCUGCUGUCGAGCCGACUGCAAGAUGGGAUCAUGAACAUGGACAUCCUGAGCCAGAUCCUGUUCAACAGAGCUAUGGCGCAGCUGGGACUGUGUGCCUUCCGGACCGGUCUCAUCACUGAAACGCAUGCGUGCCUGUCGGAGUUCUAUGCCGGCGGACGGGUGAAAGAGCUCCUUGCACAAGGAGUUCAGCAGAGUCGGUUUUACGACAAGACUCCAGAACAGGAAAAACUCGAACGCCGCCGCCAAAUGCCGUUUCACAUGCAUAUCAACCUGGAGCUGCUGGAGGCGGUCCACCUUAUCUGUGCAAUGCUGUUGGAGGUUCCCAACAUGGCCGCCAACGCGCACGACGUGAAGAAGAAAGUUUACAGCAAGACGUUCCGCCGUCUCCUGGACAUCUACGAGAAGCAGGCCUUCAUCGGGCCCCCAGAGAACAUCCGUGACAACAUCAUGGCGGCGAGCCGGGCUCUGAUGAAGGGCGACUGGGAGAAGGCGGUGGCGAUCGUCCAGGGCCUGGAUAUCUGGAAGCUGCUCCGGAAGCGAGAGUUCGCCAUGGACAUGCUCAAGAGCAAGAUCCAGGAGGAGGCGCUGCGGACUUAUCUCUUCACGUACGCAUCGUCCUACGACUCGCUGAGCCUGGACCAGCUCAUGGCGAUGUUUGAUCUCCCGGAGGGGCUCGUUCACAGCAUCGCCAGCCGGCUCAUGGCAGCGGAGGAGUUCCACGGCAGCUGGGAUCAGCCGACUCGCUGCAUCGUCCCACACAACGUGGAGCCGACGAGGCUCCAGGCUCUGGCAAUUCAGUUCGUGGACAAGCUCUCGACGCUGGUGGAGAUGAACGAAUUCGCUGACAAUGCUCGCACCGGUGGUGGCGGCACGGACUUCUUUAGCAGGCACAAGGAUACGCAGGACUACGUUGGAGCGGUGGCGGGGAAGAGGGAGCGUGGCGGCGAGCGUGGUGGCGGUGGUGGCGGAGGCUAUGGCAGGGAUAAGAACCAGCGUGGCGGCGGUGGUGGUGGUGGCGGUGGUGGUGGUGGAACUGGAGGAUCUUACGCCGCUGGCUAUCAGAGUACCAGGUACCAAGAUGCUUAUAGUAGCGUUGGAAGAACUCCAUACCAGAGUGGGCCUAGCGGAAGGGGCGGACAGUCGGAUGGUGGUGGUAGAAUGGUGAAUUUGCUUCGUGUUGGUGGAAGGUUUUAAAACAUUUUCACUCUUUUUGGCUGUUUUGCAUUUAAUCGAAGUUCAGACAAACUUCGACCGUUGGA